CAACCAUAUUGCAUCCACCCGUGGCCACCAACAAUUUCGAGAUCAAGCCCAGCCUCGUCACAACGAUCCAAAACAAUGUGCAAUUCCAUGGGCUUAAGGACGAGUCUUCGAGAGAGCAUAUCCAGAGGUUCGUCGAGAUUGCUAGAAGUUUGAAGAUUAAUGGGGUGCCGGAAGAGGCUUUGAAGUUGAGGCUUUUCCCGUACUCUCUUUUGCAAGGAAUGCGCUCAGGUGGCUCAACAAUAGACCACCUCUCUCAAUUACCUCAUGGGACGACUUGCUCAAUAAGUUCAUGGCCCGAUAUUGUCCACCUUCUAAGACGACAGAGUGGCGCAAGAAGAUCACCCAUUUCGCUCAAGAGGAGGAUGAGUCAUUGAGGGACUCAUGGGAGAGGUACUCCGACUUUUUCCUCCAAUGCUUACAUCACGAUUUGGAGAACGAUUCUGGAUUGAGACCUUCUACGACGGUCUCCUCCAAGAAGACAAGAUUCUCAUUGACUCUCUAUGCCAAGGGAAGUUGAUGAACAAAACUCCACUCGAGAGGAUCACUUUGCUUGAAGAUAUGGCGACAAAGGGGUAUGAUUGGGGCUUGACGAGACGUGAUGGAAGGGAUGUCAAGAGAGGAGUACACUCCACGGAGGCAAGACCUCCGCUCUCCACAAAGAUUGAUCAAUUGACCAAUGCACUUCUUGAAGAUAAGAAGCAAGGGAAGAAGCCAUCGAUGGCAUGUGAUUGGUGUUUGAGUACCAACCAUGAGAUUUCAUAGUGCUAAUUGAUGAAGGAAGCAAGCACCCCCCGAGGAGAAAGUGAGUUUCAUCGCCAAUGCUAGGGGAACAACAAUCCCUAUAGCAACACUUCCAACCCAGGGUGGCGAAACCAUCCAAACUUCGCUUGGUCUUCUCCGAGGAAACCAAGACCCCCCGGUUUCCAAGGUCCGAAGGGAAAUUAUCAACCAAGGCAUCCUUUCAUUCAACCGACAAGAAAUUAGCAAGUGGUUUUGUUCAAUUGGUGAUACAACUGAUUUGUAUCGGUUCAUUCCAGUUUAACAAAAUAUGUAGACAUAUGAAAAAUCUUUAACAUAAAAUAAAUUUAAUCAUAUACAAAAUAUAUUUGAAGACAAUUUACUUACAAUCUAUAUUCAACUUUAAAUAAAAUUUGACAUUCCAA